GACGUGGAGACUACGUGAGCGAAAGCACAGGCCGUCCACCCCUGUAAUUAGUGACGAGUCAGGCUACGUAAAACUUCGGUUGACUCACUAUGGAUACUUCAGUGUCGUCUCAGCUGGACAGCAGUUUGAACGACUCCAUGACAGACGGAGAGGAGAACAACAGCGAAGUCAGUACGUCGCCUGCAGCCCCCUCUCAGGUGUUGAUGGCAGCAGAGUCUCCUGGUAUAACCGUGGUCCAGCUGUCUGACGGUCAGACUGUGCAAGUCCAAGGCGUCAUCCAAGCUCCACAGACCUCCGUCAUACAGUCACCACAAAUCCAGACUGUUGAGAUUGCCGCCGCAGAGGAGAAUGAGGAAGGCGAGUCAGUCACAGACACACAGAAGAGACGAGAGAUCCUCUCCAGGCGCCCGUCUUAUCGAAAAAUCCUCAAUGAGCUUUCAUCGGACUCGCCGGCAGUUCCUAAAAUCGAAGAGGAGAAGGCGGAUGAGGAGGUCAUCUCCAGCAACGCCUCAGUAUCAGUGCCGACGUCCAUUUACCAGACCAGCUCGGGACAAUAUAUUGCGAUCAGCCAGGGAAGAGCCAUCCAGCUGACCAACCCUGGAGCUGAAGAACUGCAGGGGGGACAGACUCUAACUGUUGCCAACUCCGCCACUCCGCAGCCUGGAGCCGCCAUCCUACAGUGUGCAGCUCAACCCGGAGACUCCACUCAGCAGUUCUACCUCCAGGGAGGACAGGUGCUCAUCCAAGCUGCCACUGGAGACAUACCCGCCUAUCAACUGAGGUCACCCAACUCGGGUCUGGCUCAGAGCAUCGUGAUGGCUGCGUCGCCGGGCUCCAUGCAGAACCCGCCGACGCAGCACGCCGAAGAGAUCACCCGCAAGAGGGAGGUCCGGCUGAUGAAAAACAGGGAGGCAGCUCGCGAGUGCCGCAGGAAAAAGAAAGAGUAUGUCAAAUGUCUGGAAAACCGCGUGGCCGUGUUGGAAAACCAAAACAAGACCCUGAUUGAAGAGCUGAAAGCACUGAAGGACAUUUACUGCCACAAAGCAGAGUAGUGGCGGCAGUUUGGUGGUCACGGGCUGAAGACAGAGCCGUUUACAAACUGCUACAGCAAAACAUGAAAAAAAAAAAGAAAAGACUAUGGAACAAAAACUGCUUCGACCGUCUUUGUUUCUCUGCUCACUCAGGCCUGGUUUAACGCCGAAUUCAGAAGUGUCCCAGGGAAUUCGAAUCGCUUGAGCUUGCCAGUUUCGCUCUUGUCCUUAUCUCGUUCUCUUUGCAUGUGAAGACUCAAAGUGUCGUACACACACACACACACACACACACACACACACACUAUGCUUGCUGUUGCUGUUGUGCACGGGCAACGCUAGCCAAUGAGAGCCAGCUGAAUGAAGAGGAACAGGAACAGGAAAUACAGGUGCUUCCUGAAGAUGUACAGCUCAAGUACAGAGAUUACGAAAAAAAAAACAAAAAAACCCAUUGGCGUUGUCAGCCAGGUCUCACUACCAGCAAGUCUCUCUGAGGUCAGACGAGGUGCACAAAAAAAAAGCUACGCGGAUCCACCACCAGCUGCAACAAGCUAACUCAACUGUGUUUACCUGUUAAUGUCAUUUGUGUCAUUUAUGCUUCUUGUUUUUUUUGGUCGUUUUAAUGCAUUCCUUCGUGCGAAAACACAAUUAAGGAGAAAUACUUUCAAAAAGUUGCAUUUUUGUCAGUAAAGUUUUAAACAUGUUUUCAGUUUGAAUUAAUUUGGUCCAAACCCGAGUUAACAGGAAUGAUUUCUCUUAAGUUUGGCUUUUUUAUGCACAAGACUUCAAGUUAUGUUUCAUGCCAAGGUAGAGAGGUAAAACCUGAAUCAGAACCUGUUUAGUAAAAGAUGUUGAAUAUAAAAACUAUAUUUUCAGUACUGAGCAUAUUCUAAUAUAUGAAUUGAAAGUCAAAGCACAUGAAGUACCAAAGUAUAAGUGCGUAUACUAUCAGAAUUUCUACAUUUACUUGAAGAAUUUCACUCCCCGACCGAUCGUAUAUAUAUAUAUUCUACUAAAAAAAGAAAGAUCAGCACAUUUAUUUUAUUCUGAAAACCACAAUUUUGUAAGCAAACAUCUUAAUAUGACUCAUAGCUCUAAAGAAUUAACAGUUGUGCUUUACUGUCAUGCAAAGCGUCAGUUUUGUUUUUGAAAUGAUGGAUAUCCAUUGUGAAAUAAAACUGUAUUUGAUUAUGGCUAGAUAUAUUUUUAAAAAAUGCUCUGUUUAAAGGGUGAUGCCAAUUUCUUUGCUCUUUUUUUUUAAUGUAAAGACAUUUUAUUUGAAUUAUAAUAUAUUAUCUUGUGUUUUAUGUUUCUGGUGAUGAACUGAAAACCGCUUCUUGCUUUCUCUGUUUCUGCUUAUAUGCAGUUGUUGAGUUUGUUCCACUGAAUAUAUUUUAUGGUUCAAGUCUGUAGAAAGUGAGAGAACAUACAAUCAUUGGAUGUAAGAGAUGUUUCCCUUCAGCUGCCAAAAGCUCUCCAAGUAACAUUUAGGUUUUUAACUACUGUUUAGGUGAAUCAUGUGGCAGUGUUUAUGAGCACCAGCCCAAUAGCCUGUCAUGAUUUGCAAUCACAGAACGAAUGAAUGCCCAGUCUAUUAAAUUCUACUUUAGGGGCCGGUGAAAGUAAAAUUCAGGGUUUCUUUGAUAUCACCUGAGUUGAGUUUCAUUGCAUGUAGUUUUUUUUUGUUGAUGUUGUUGUUUUUUUGUUUUUUUUUGCCGUUUUAAAAAUGGCUCCAUCUUUUACCAGGUGUUCUCUUUUCUGUGUACUUCCUUGUUUGAAUUGUAAAAGACAAAACUAUUUUUGUUUAUCUAAUAAAAUAUUCAAAUGUAA